AUGGACGACGCCUUCGUGAAGCAAUGGCUCUCCGACCUCAGAGCCCUCCUCUUCGACGCCGACGACACCCUCGACCUCCACAACACCCUCUUCCUCCGUCCCGAUCCUAACCCUAACCCCAACCGCAAGCGCUCGUGGCUAGCGCUCGAUCGACCCCUCUGCCACCAUAGAAUUGGCGCCCAAAUCGCCGAGAUACACAAGAGGCUCGCGGAAAUCGCGGAGGGCCGUAAAAAUUUCCUCUUGAGGCCGGGAGAUGGGCGGCGGAGGGCUCCGGUGGGGGGAAGGCGCCACUGUUAUCAAUCUCCGAGCUUUUCUUCUUGUGAGAGAGCCAACGACCAACGUCGUUGGCAGGGCAGGCAUCGCGAGAGGGCUCAGAUUGUCCGGGAGCUGACCUCAGAUUGGAGGAUGGAUGUCCCCGUUCUACCCAUUUACGGUGCCGCGGGGAUCGGGAAGACGACGCUCGCACAAUUGGUGUUUGAUGAUGGGGAUGUGGUGAGGUAUUUCGGUUUGAGGAUUUGGGUUUCACUGUGUGAAGGGUGUGAUAUCAGGAGGGCCAUGAAGGAGACCGUGGAGGCAAUUACGAGGUCAAAAUACAGCCUUUUGAGCUUGCACAUAUUGCAGCACCGCCUCGGUGAGCUUCUUAGGAUGAACAGGUUCUUGCUUGUUCUAGAUAACUUGUGGGCCGAGGAUAGGCGGUUCUGGGAGAUAUUCUGGGUCCCGUUGCUCGCAGGGGAGAGUGAAAAGGAGAAAGAGUGUUGGGCGCUUCUUCAAGGCCGCACUUUCCCGCAAGGGGAUUCAGAGGAGGACAAAGGUUUGGUCGAGAUCGGUACAAAGAUAGCAGAGAAGUGUAAAGGCUCCCUAUUGGCCGCAAAGUCACUCAGUGACCUCUUGCAUGACUCAAAGGCUGAAGAGGAGUGGAUGAUCAGACUAAGUGAAAUGCCUGUUCUUGAAAAAGAUCAAAAUGGGGUGUUGCCGAGCUUACAGAUAAGUUAUCACCACUCGCCAUUUCAUUUAAAGCGGUGCUUUGCAUAUUGCUUCCUAUUUCCUAAUGGGUGUGCUUUUGAAAAGGAUGAGGUGGUCAGAUUGUGGAUGGCAGAAGAUUUGAUCGAACGCGAUGGAAGGAGACGGUUGGAGGUGACUGGGGUUUCUAGUACUUGCCAGCAGUGGAAACAAAGGUAUCAGAUUCCUAGCUUGAUGCACGAUCUGGCAUGGUUUGUUGCCAAAAAUGAGUUUGUGUGGUUGGAAAAUGAGAUUUCCGAUGUUACAGCUGAAUGGGUUCGUUAUGCAACCCUCUUUCAUCUUGACCAGAACCCUCUAGCAUUUGAGAAGUUAUAUGAGUAUGAAAAUCUACGUACUUUGAAGCUGUGUCGAGAAAUUAGAGUACCUUUGAAGCAGGUCCCAAAAGAGCUUUUCCUGAAACUAAGCGGUUUGCGGGUGCUAGAUUUGAGCAAUAGUGAAGUAAAGGAGUUGCCAGAUUUUGUUGGUGACUUGAUACACCUAAGUUUAAGAUUAGCAUCAGUUCUUUCAUAUCAUCAUCCCAGGAUGUGCGAAUUUCCAGCGAUUAAGUCGGAAGGAUUACAUGCAGGUCUUAUGGACAUCUGUACUUGCAAAUGGCUGAUAUCAGAUUUCUCUUCUCUGCAGCUUUCUGUCAGCCUCAAAAUUUCUGCUAAAACUGAAGAUACUUGUUUAUAUGGAACCACAGAUUUUCAUUUCUAUAGAUCAACGUACCAUGUUUCCUUUGUAGAUUCAUUUACUUAUAAUGAUACUCCUUCCGCACUGUCUUCUUGCUUCUAA